AUGCACCACCACCACCACCCUCCUCCACCAACCACCACCAGAACCACCACCACCACCAAAAUCUCAACACACUUUAUCAUUCUUGCCACCACUAUCUUCUCACUUCUCCUUAUUCUUACCUUCUCCUUCAGUUCCCGUCCACCCCACCCCCACCCCAACCAACCCCACCCUUCCCUUUUCCCAAAUCAUCAACCCCAUCGUCUCCUUUUUCAUCACAACCCAAAUGACCAAAAUACCCUUCUACCCCCACCCCCUGCCAUAGCUUACCUCAUCUCUGGAUCCACAAAAGACACCUCAAGAAUCAUCCGUUUGCUAUUUGCAGUAUACCAUCCAAGAAAUCAGUAUCUUCUUCAUCUUGAUAGAAAAGCUUCUCAAUAUGAACGUGAUGAUCUUGCACUGUAUGUUCAAUCUGUGCCUCUUUUUAAAGCUGCCCAGAAUGUGAAUUUUAUUGGAAAAGCUGAUUCUGUUUACCCAAUGGGGUCUUCUGCUUUGUCUGCUACUCUUCAUGGAGCUGCUAUUCUUCUGCGUGUUUCUGCUCAAUGGGAUUGGUUUAUUAAUCUAUCUGCUGAUGAUUAUCCACUUGUUACUCAAGAUGAUCUUCUACACAUUCUGUCAUAUAUACCCAAGGAUCUUAAUUUUGUCAACCACACAAGCUACAUUGGGUGGAGAGAGUCACGGAAGUUGAAACCAAUAGUUGUUGAUCCUGGGCUCUAUCUUGAAGAGGAAGAUGAAGUAUUUUAUGCAACUCAGAAAAGGGAACUGCCUGAUGCUUAUCGAUUAUUUUCAGGGUCUUCAUCUAGUGUCUUGAGUCGGAAGUUUAUCGAGUUCUGCAUCUUGGGCACGGAUAACCUACCCAGGACUCUGCUAAUGUACUUGUCAAAUUCACCAUCCUCGGCAUCUGUGUAUUUCCCGACCAUUCUGUGCAAUUCAAGGAAAUACAAUAGAACAACAAUCAACCACAACUUGCGGUAUGCUUCAUUUAACUCAAGACAAGAGGUCCUUCCACUCAAUACCAGUGACUUCAAUGACCUGGUGAUGAGUGGAGCAGUAUUUGCUGCACCAUUUGAGGCAAACAAUCCGAUUCUUGACCAGAUCGACCAUGAACUUCUCCACCACAAGCACGAUGAACCAGUCCCUGGCGGAUGGUGUUUAGGUGAAAAUGAAACUGAUAAAUGUACUGUCUGGGGAGACGCUGAAGUUCUAAGACCAGGUCCAGGAGCACAGAGACUGGAAAAAAGAUUUGUCCAGAUUUUCAGUAAUGGUACAUUUCUUUCUAGUCGAUGUAUCUACGAAUAGAGCUCCCUCAAGAUGAGAACUUACAGAAGAGACAAGCACUCGAAAAAUGUUUUCUAUCGAAAACAACCUCUCUACCUCCCAAGGUAGGGAUAAGGUCUGUGUACA